UUAUCUUCUCCCUCGAUCUCGAUCUUCUCUCGAACCCAUCUUUGUCGAUUCCCUUCUCCCUUCUCCUCUCUGCGCCGCCACCGACCACCAUGACCCGACGCUCGAACGACCAUCCCUGACGCCAGUUCUCGAGAGCCUCCGAGUGCCACACGAGUGCUGCCUCUCGGAGCAACGUCGUCAUCUUCUCUGAGCGAAGAUCACUCGACUAUGUAGCAGAUCUGUCACCAAGAUUUCAUCGACACAACUUUUCGAUCGCGCUAGUGUCGUACGACCGCCGCCGGUUGAGCCGCCUCCUCCUUUGAACAUUGAGUUGCUGCCGGUCGUUUCCCUCUUUGAGUUGUCGCCCCGAGUAGAUUUCCGGACAAGAGGGGGAGAUCCAACCCUAGCCUCGAUCUCCUAUUGCCGCACCUCUGCGUAUCAUGUCUCUGAUUGUCAAAUUACGCUUCUCCAGUCGAUCCUUGCCUUAGUCCGAGCCUUACGUUCGAUUAGUUGGGAGUCGACCGAGCAAUGCCUUACCCAGAGUCUUUUUGCUAUCACACUUGAGGGAUCAACAACUCAACUGUGGAUCCGAGCAACACUAUUUGAGGAUGAUCCACAGCUUCGACCACAAUUUCUAGCAGCAAGAUCUUUGGUCAUGAGUUGACAGAAGGAUACUUAGAUUUAGGUUUUGGUAUCUAUAGGAUUAAGCUAUUGCUGAAGUUGUGGAAUUCGAUCCUUGUUCAUACACUCAGGACUUUGAUUCUAAGCGAGCGUCUCGACGUGUGAUUGUCGGAUGCGAUCUUCAUUUUUGAGCGGGAAGGACCUCAUCGUGAGCUUCGGCGAGAUGCUCAUCGACUUCGUGCCCACGGUCUCCGGCGUGUCAUUGGCGGAGGCGCCUGGGUUCAUCAAGGCCCCAGGCGGCGCCCCGGCCAACGUGGCCAUCGCCGUGGCUCGCCUCGGAGGGCGCGCCGCCUUUCUCGGAAAACUCGGAGACGAUGAGUUCGGCCGCAUGCUGGCCGGCAUCCUGCGCUCCAACGGCGUCGACGACGCCGGAGUUCUGUUCGACACCGGCGCACGAACGGCGCUCGCUUUCGUCACUCUCCGCGCCGACGGCGAGCGCGAGUUCAUGUUCUAUCGAAACCCUAGCGCCGACAUGCUCCUCGAGGAAGGCGAGCUCAACCUCGACGUCAUCAAGAGCGCUGCGGUUUUCCACUACGGAUCUAUAAGUUUGAUCACGGAGCCGUGCAGAUCGGCUCAUCUGAAGGCCAUGCAGGUGGCGAGGGAUGCAGGGGCGUUGCUCUCCUACGACCCCAACCUCCGAUUGCCGCUGUGGCCUUCGGCGGAGUCGGCGCGGGAGCAGAUCAUGAGCAUCUGGGACCAAGCGGACAUCAUCAAGGUCAGCGACGUCGAGCUCGAGUUCCUCACGGGGACGGAUUCGGUGCAGGAUGACGUUGUUUUGACCCUCUGGCGCCCGGAGUUCAAGCUUUUGCUGGUCACCCUGGGGGAGAAGGGAUGCAAAUACUACACCAAGGACUUCCGAGGGAGUUUGGACGGCUUCUCCGUUAACACAGUGGACACCACCGGAGCCGGAGAUGCAUUUGUCGGCGCCAUGCUCACCAAGAUCGUCGCGGACCAAUCUGUGCUACAGAGCGAGGAAAAGCUUAGAGAAGUUCUCAGAUUUGCCAAUGCGUGCGGAGCCAUCACCACCACUAAGAAGGGAGCCAUUCCUGCCCUGCCAAACAAAACUGAAGCUCUGGAGCUUUUGAAGAGAGAUUGAAGAGUUUGGAUCCCUCCCACUGCGUUGCUAUUUUAGUUUUUGUUUUUGUUGGAGUUAAAUUUGUCUAGGCGAUUUGGAGUUUCUGAUGUUUUAUUUUCUCUUUUUCAUAUUUUUCACAUGAUAAAGCAUUUAGAGAAGUGUUUUUAAUCUUUUAA